GAAAGAAACUCAGCAAAAGAGUUAUAAUGACGCGUCUCUAUACUAAUCAAAAAGACUUACGCGUCUUCGUCUCCUAUAAAUGACCAUGACAUUAGUAGCAUUUUCGUGGAUUACCUUUGCUGUUACUUACAAAAUCUUUGAUCAUGGACCUUUUCUUGAGAAUAAGAGCCAUUACAUUAAUCCUUUUACUUGGGCUGCUCAGUAUAGCAUCUAUCAAUCCUAAGUUCAGCAGUGGAGAGUCUGAUCAGGUUCGUUGCAUAGAAAGUGAGCGACAGGCACUUCUUAAGUUCAAGCAAGAUCUUAAAGACCCUUUAAACCGGCUUGUCUCUUGGGCUGGUAAUGGAGAUUGUUGUCAGUGGGUGGGAGUUGUCUGCGACAACGUUACUGGUCAUGUCCAUGAACUCCGUCUCAGAAGCUUUCCUUUGGUGGAUGAUUUUGCAUCUUAUGAGCGAUCAAGAUUGGGAGGUAAGAUAAAUCCUUCUCUGCUUGAUUUGAAGCAUUUGAUUUACUUGGACCUCAGCAACAAUUAUUUCCAUCAUACUCAAAUUCCCAAAUUCCUCGGUUCAAUGGAGAGCUUAAGAUAUCUUAAUCUCUCCCGUGCGGGAUUUGGGGGAUUGAUUCCUCAUCAACUUGGGAAUCUCUCUAAUUUGCACUAUCUUGAUCUUGGAGGUUUUUAUGAUAAUGACUUAAAUGUCAUGAACCUUCAAUGGCUUUCUAGUCUUCCUUUAAUUCAACACCUUGAUUUGAGUGGUGUAAACCUUAGCAAAGCCUCUGAUUGGCUACAUGUGAUAAACAAACUCUCGUUCUUGUCAGAGUUGCGAUUGUCAUAUUGCCAACUUCAAGGUUUCAUCCCACCCAUACCCAAUAUUAACUCUUCAUCUCUCACCACUCUUGAUCUUUCAACAAACCAUUUCGGAAAAAACAACUUGAUUCUAUCAUGGGUCUUUAGUCUUCAUAAUCUAGUUUCUCUUGAUCUAUUUGCCAGUUGGUUUCAAGGUCCAAUCCCUGUUGGUCUCCAAAACUUGACCUCUCUUGUACGUCUUGAUCUAUCUUUGAACAAUUUCAACUCCUCAAUUCCCAAUUGGUUGUAUAGUUUUAAUCGUCUUGAGUUUUUGAACCUUUACUCCACUAAUUUGCAAGGUACAAUCUCUAGUUCCAUUGGAAACCUAACAUCUGCCAUUGGCAUACACAUGCCAUUCAAUGAACUUGGAGGAAAGAUACCAACAUCGUUGGGAAAUCUCUGCAACUUAAAGGAAAUUGAUUUGUCAUACAACCAAUUGAGUCAAGAGAUUUCUGAACUCUUAGAAAGUUUAUCAGGAUGUGUUUCAAAUGGACUAGUGAUCCUAGACUUGACUGAAGUAGACCUUUCUGGUCAUUUGACUAUUGAGCUAAUUGGGCAAUUUAUAGAUCUGGUUGAACUUUCUUUGGGGAGUACAUUAGUUUCAGGUCAAAUUCCAGAGUCUAUAGGAAAUCUUUCAUUUUUGAGAAUCUUGGACCUUGCAGAUAAUCAACUUAAUGGAACUCUUCCUCAAAGUCUUGGACAACUCUCCAAAUUAGAGUCUCUAUAUAUUGCUUCAAAUAAGUUCAAUGGUGUUGUAUCCGAAGUUCAUUUUGCCAAUUUAACAAGAUUAAUAGAACUUCAUGCAUCUAAAAAUCAACUUACUUUAGAAGUAAGUCACAAUUGGAUCCCUUCUUUUCAACUGUACCAGUUAGGAUUUAGAUCAUGGAAUUUAGGGCCAAAAUUUCCAUCAUGGCUUUGUUCACAAAAGCAUCUCUGGUAUUUGGAUAUAUCCAACACCAAUGUUUCAAAUGUAGUUCCACCUUUGUUUUGGAACAUGUCUUCUCAAUUCAUGUAUCUAAAUUUGUCUCACAAUCUGAUGUAUGGAGAGAUUCCAAAUAUUUUGAUGGUUUUUCCUAAUCGUCCAACAUUUGAUAUGAGUUCAAAUCGCUUCAAUGGUUUGUUACCUCUUAUAUCCUCAUAUGUGACCAUAUUAGAUCUUUCUAACAAUUUAUUGUCUGGAUCUAUAUCUCACUUUUUGUGUUACAAGAUGAAUGAGCCCAAACAAAUGGAAUAUCUCGAUUUUGAAAAAAAUAUUUUAUCAGGAGAAAUAGCUGAUUGUUGGAAAAUGUGGCAAAGUUUGUCAGCCUUAAAUUUGGGAAGCAAUAAUUUCAUUGGUAGUAUUCCAGCAUCCAUUGGAUCUUUGAUUGACCUUAUGUAUUUACACCUAUAUGACAACAAAUUCUCUGGAAAAUUACCAUCCUCUUUGAAAAAUUGUAAAGAGCUAGUGACCAUUGAUAUUGGUGAAAAUGAAUUUGUUGGAAGCAUGCCUUCAUGGAUAGGACAAUUUUCAAACUUGAUGAUUCUCUACCUUCGCUCAAAUAAUUUUCAUGGUCUUAUGCCAAAAGAAGUUUGUGCUCUGUCUUCACUCCAAAUCUUGGACCUUUCACAUAAUAAGCUAUUUGGAGGCAUACCUACAUGUGUUAUGAAUUUCAGUGCCAUGACCACAACUAACAAUUCAGACAUUGCCUUUUAUUCAUAUGGCUUCUCAAUAGGAUAUGCUGAACAUGAGCAAUUUGAAAGUGCAUUGCUUGUGAUGAAGGGACGAGUUGUUGAGUAUGGCACCAUUCUUGGGCUAGUAAAAAGUAUAGAUCUUUCAAAGAACAAUUUCUCUGGAGAGAUCCCCAAUGAAGUGACUAGUCUCCAAGGAUUACAAUCAUUGAAUUUGUCAUUUAAUAUCUUUAUUGGAAGGAUUCCUGAGAGUAUAGGUGUUAUGAGAUCACUAGAAUUUAUUGAUUUUUCUGUAAACCAACUUUCAGGUGAAAUUCCUCCAAGUUUGUCGAGUUUGACAUUUUUGAGUCGGUUGAAUUUGUCAUACAACAAAUUAAUUGGAAAAAUUCCUUCAAGCACUCAGCUUCAAAGCCUUAAUGCUUCUAGUUUUAUUGGAAAUGAACUUUGUGGACCUCCACUUACUGAUAAUUGUACUUUAAAUGAUGGAAACCUCAACAUUGAAAACAAAGGUAGCAAGGAUACUAGUGGACUUGAAGUGGAUUGGUUCUAUGUGAGCAUGGCACUUGGAUUUGUUGUUGGUUUUUGGGUUUUAUGGGGUCCUUUACUUUUAAACAAGCAAUGGAGAAUUUUGUACUUUCAAUUCCUGGAUCGCAUGGAGUACAAGCUUAGGGGUGUUGUGGCAAAAUGUUGGUAGUUGUGUAAAUUUUAUUAAGAUUCUUAAUAUUUAGUGCGAAUGUCAUUUAAUGUUGUCAAUCAAUGUUUUGAUGUUUUCUAAAUGAUCUUUGAGCUGGUUGUUAAUAAUAUUGUUAUCU